UGUUUUGGUCAAAUAUCCAGGUUUUUGGUGGUGUUGGGGUUGGGGGUCCUUUUCGUGGUUUCGUGGUUUAAGUUUCAGAUUUCUGGAUCGAGAUAUACCCAUUGUUGCCGAGAGAAAGAGAAUCAAAGUUUCGUAGAGAUAGAAGCUCAAAGUUUCAGAUUUCUGGGUAAAAGUUUUCCUUCCUUUCUUGAAAAGAGAAACAGGAUCCAAUUCACGAAGAGAGAGCGAGAGGACCUUAGGUUUUCAGAGUUUUCGUUGGUUUUGCAGAGAGAAAGAGGAUCAGAUUUUUGGGGGUUUUGACAGGUCUCCUGGAUUCUAGAGAGAGAGAUUCUGAUUCAGUUUUGUUACAGGGGCCUCCUCUUCUCGAGGAGAGAGAUAGAUAUCAUAUUCUUCUUACAUAGGUCUCUUUGCAAAAAUUCAUUUUCUUGUAGAGGCCUUCUGGUUCUAGAGAGAGAGAGAGAAGGAGCUCUGGACAAAAGAAGAGAAGAGAAGAGAGAGAGAGAGAGGGGAUAUGGAAGUGAAGCGCUGGACGGUGCAGUCCCUGGUGAAGAAGCUAAGCAACCGCCCAUCAGAUGAGACCCAAUCGGAGACCAUUGCAGAGCUUCGUCUCCUCUCGAAACAUGACGACCAUAGCCGGCUCCUAAUUGCAGAGGCAGGGGCCAUCCCUUUUCUGGUGUCCGCUCUCUACUCUCCAAACCCCACAACGCAACUCAACGCCAUUACCACUCUCCUCAAUCUCUCCAUCCUCCCUGAAAAUCGAACCCAACUUCUCUCUGCUCAUGGUUUCCUCGACGCCUUAACCCACCUUCUCUCACAUCCACUCUCCCCUUUCUCUCUCCAAAAUGGAGCUGCAACUAUCCAUAGUAUACUCCUCACCGAGGCCUAUAGGCCCAUUAUUGGUGAUAAGCCGAAUAUCACUUCUGCUCUCCUCAAUGCAAUUCGGCGCCCCACCUCUCCCCGAUCCAUUAAAGACUCUCUAAAAGCAUUGUUUGCUCUCUCUCUUUACCCUCUCAAUAGACCCAAGUUGGUAGAACAAGGUAUUGUCCCAGUUCUUUUCUCUCUACUCAUCAAUUCUCACUCUAAUGGUUUGAUCGAGGAUGCAUCAGCCGUGUUGGCCCAAGUGGCUGGUUGCUAUGAGAGUGGAGAAGCCUUUAGGAAGGUUUCGGGGAUUCGAGUUUUGGUCGAUUUGAUGGAGACUGGGUCCAUUAGAGCUAGAGAGAAUGCAGCCUCUGCUCUAUUGAAUUUGGCUCAAAGUGCGGGGGAGAAGGUGAUUGAUGAAAUCCGCGAGAUCGAGAAUUCCUCGGCUGUGAUCACCACUUUGGUGGGUUCGGGGAGUGAGAGGGGAAGAAGUAAGGCAAGCGCCCUUCUCACUAUGCUUUUGGUGCAGGAGAGGUUUUAUGUUGAUGAUUCUUUGGUGUUUUGAGUAUGUAUGUUCUCUUUCUCUCUCAUGGAGAAAUAGGAUCUUUUCUCUUUGGGGUAUUUUUGUAUAUGUUGAUAUUGCUAAUGCACUGUACAUAAUGGAAAUUAGUAACAAGGAAACUAUUUGAUAGCCAACAGAUCAGAAAUUCAGGGAUUAGUGAAUUUUUCUUUUAUCUUUUCAUUUAAAAGCACAUUUGUAAUGUUUUUUUUG